UGUUACAGCAGAUUUCAUGGUCCCAUCCUAAGAGGCAAGGGUAGUACUUCUUUGAUCCCCAACUUUCAAUAACAUAAAGGCCUCUGUGCAUGAAUGGGGCUACCAUGCGAGCUGCAUAAACUGUAAAUGGGCAGAGGCAUAGGUAGGAGUCACUAGUGUCUCUGAAUGGGAAGAGAAAUGUGUUUGUGGUGCCCACGGUUAAAAUUCAUCAGAUGUUUUGCCAAAGAAUUAAUGAUAUAUUAAUGGUAAUUAGGGGUAGUUCACUAGUCAUCAAACAUUUGUCAAGUACUUAACUAUGUACCACUUACUGUGAUAGGCUCUGAGGAGACACUGGGGAGCAAAAACUGACAUGGUCUCUUCCCUUACUGGGCAUAUUAUCUAAUGUAGUUGAACCAAUAUUGUGCAGGACCUCACUUGAACAACACAGCUUGAGAUUCAGAAAGAAGAAAAUAAAAAAGACUGAGUAGAUGAAAUAGUACCAAGUUGACACACCUCAGCUGAUGCAUUUAACACUAGAAAUCCAUAGGCUUUCAGAAAUGGUAUCUUUGACUUUGGACACAGUUUUGACAAGCUUAAUUAUCUGGCUCUCCAGCCCAUAGUAGCCAAGAAGCAGCAAAUUGGAGGAUGAUUACAGAGGAUUACUGAGAAAAAGUGGAAUUGCAAGCUAUGGUCUAAAAAUUAAUUAUAAAGAGGAGGCACCAAAACAGAGUACAACAGCCUGGAUUUUUUGAAUAUAAGGCAUUGUUUCCAUAUAUGUUCUAUACUUCACUUAUCCUAUGGGACUUUAACAGUAAUUGUGUAAAGAAGGGUUAAGUGGAAAACACAAGGUUAGCAAAUUAAACUGUAUUCUUUGCUAUAGAACUCAGCAUCUGUAAUAAGGCCCGAACUCAUGUUUCUUGAAGGAUCUCUCCAGAACAGUGUUCUGCAGCACACACUUUGGGGAAUGCUGGUAUAAGUAAAACAUCAGGAAAGCAGUGUGCUGGGCAGUAUUGGUGUUUAGAGUGGUGAUGUCAAGUCAGCAUGAAUUAUGUUUAGCACACAGUGUUUAAGAGGCAGAGAAGAGGAAUACACAUUUUAAUUUUUUCUGUCUGGAAAGGUAAUUUAUAUCUCUAAUUUAAUCUUUGUUGAUAUUGGAUACAUGAGGCAUUAUUGUAUUUGAAAUGUAUCUCAGACCAUUCAUUAUGUGCUAAAAAGGCUUUUCCUAACUAACUCAGUCGCUGGCACUCAUUUAUAACAUUGUUUCCAUGAACCAAUAUGUUCUGAGUUCCCUGCAUUCUAUUUACACAUGGACUUUUAGAAUAUCACACAUUUGCAGUUGGAAAUUGUACCAAAACAAGAAGUCUGGCCACUGUUAAAUGUUUUGAACACUUUUCUGUUUAUAGCUGUCUGUUUGCAUUCUGAUUGGGAACACUGGGAUCAUUUUCAUCAUGCCAACAGUGGUGGUAAUGGACGUGUCCCUUUCCAUGACCCGACCUGUGUCUAUCGAGGGGUCUGAAGAAUAUCAGCGCAAGCACCUUGCAGCCCAUGGUUUGACAAUGCUGUUUGAGCACAUGGCCACGAAUUACAAGCUUGAGUUUACAGCCCUGGUGGUGUUUUCAUCACUCUGGGAGCUGAUGGUUCCCUUCACAAGAGAUUACAACACCCUACAGGAAGCACUAAGUAACAUGGACGAUUAUGAUAAAACCUGCUUAGAGUCUGCUCUUGUUGGUGUUUGCAGUAUUGUUCAGCAGGAAUGGGGCGGUGCAAUUCCUUGCCAGGUGGUUCUGGUGACAGAUGGCUGUCUUGGCAUUGGUAGAGGGUCGCUGCGGCAUUCUCUAGCUACUCACAGUCAGAGAAGUGAGAGCAACAGGUUCCCACUUCCUUUUCCUUUCCCAUCUAAGUUAUACAUCAUGUGCAUGGCAAAUUUGGAGGAGCUUCAGAGCACUGACUCCUUGGAUUGCCUUGAACGUCUCAUAGAUUUAAACAAUGGUGAAGGGCAGAUUUUUACUAUUGAUGGCCCCCUGUGCUUGAAAAAUGUGCAGUCUAUGUUUGGAAAGCUGAUAGAUCUGGCAUAUACGCCUUUCCAUGCUGUUCUCAAAUGUGGCCACCUGACUGCUGAUGUGCAAGUCUUCCCCCGGCCAGAGCCUUUUGUUGUAGAUGAGGAAAUCGAUCCUAUCCCUAAAGUCAUUAACACAGAUUUAGAAAUAGUGGGGUUUAUUGAUAUAGCUGAUAUUUCCAGUCCCCCAGUUCUCUCCAGACAUCUGGUCUUACCUAUAGCACUUAACAAAGAAGGCGAUGAGGUGGGCACUGGCAUAGCUGAUGAUAAUGAAGAUGAAAAUUCAGCCAAUCAGAUUGCAGGCAAAAUACCCAACUUUUGUGUCCUGCUCCAUGGCAGCCUAAAAGUGGAAGGAAUGGUAGCAAUAGUUCAGCUAGGUCCUGAAUGGCAUGGAAUGCUCUACUCCCAAGCUGACAGCAAGAAGAAAUCAAACCUCAUGAUGUCCCUCUUUGAGCCUGGCCCAGAACCUCUCCCAUGGCUAGGGAAAAUGGCACAGUUGGGUCCUAUUUCAGAUGCUAAAGAAAACCCUUAUGGUGAGGAUGACAAUAAGAGCCCAUUCCCCCUUCAGCCCAAAAACAAACGCAGUUAUGCCCAGAAUGUGACUGUCUGGAUCAAACCCAGUGGCCUGCAGACAGAUGUACAGAAGAUUUUAAGAAAUGCAAGAAAACUACCUGAAAAAACACAGACAUUCUAUAAGGAGCUGAACCGUUUACGAAAGGCUGCCCUGGCCUUUGGUUUCCUGGACUUGCUCAAGGGGGUGGCUGACAUGCUGGAAAGGGAGUGCACACUGCUGCCGGACACAGCCCACCCUGAUGCAGCAUUCCAGCUGACCCACGCUGCCCAGCAGCUCAAGCUGGCCAGUACCGGCACCUCUGAGUAUGCCGGCUAUGACCACAACAUCACGCCUUUGCAGACAGACUUCUCUGGGAGCAGCACUGAAAGACUGUGAAGCUGACUUUUGGAGCCUUCCUUUCCUCAUUUCAAGUGAAAAUGAUUUAGAGUAAAAACUGUUCCAGAGUGUUCACCUCUGCCAUAACUACCCGAAGACCUCCCUGAGGCUGCCUCAGAAGCACCACUUGCUGGUUUGAAUGACAAGUCUGAGAGGGGCUCUGAAGGGUGGUUGACUGCUUGGGCUUUGAUAUUAGCUUCCUGAGGCUCAGAGUCUUUCAGCCCAAAAAACACCUGUUGCUCCCAUGAUGGGAACAUCUCCUGAGAAGCUUGAAGGUCUGAUGGGCACAGAGCUCUCCCCAUUCCUCAGGGCCGCAAAGGCCCUCUGACUUUCUGAAAGGCAUCUUCUCCUCUCAAUCAUAAGGACAUUUUCAAGCUUCUGCCCUUGGAGUGAGCAACCCAAACUUGUCUGGGACUAGCUAAGUACAAGCCCUACACCACUAAGUUUUAGAACUCUUCUUAGAACUUGGGCAGACUUGGUGGUAACCCGUAGGUGCUUUGGGUACGUCUUGAGAUACAGACUUUUAAAUAGCAACCAUAAAUGUAUAAAAUUAUUCCUGUCUUUUUUUCCUAAAUGAAAAAAAAUAUUUGAUUUUCUAUAAAAUGGUUUUACUGGGAAACUAA